UUUUUUUUUUUUAAAACCCUCCUUCUGAUCCAUAACUGAGAUCUUUCUUACAAAUAUCACUGUUUUUUUCUUUUUUAAAAAACCCCAAAAGCCUGAACUUUUCGAAGCUAAAAUCCCGGGAGUGGAUUUAAUAGAAGAGAGAGAGAGAGAGAGAGAGUAAUAAUACUACAAGUUUGGGUUUGGAGCUGUUGUUAUUAUUUUAUUUUCAAUGGAUGGUCCAAGUGGAAGUUCUUCUGGAGGUAUGAUGAAUUUUGGUGAUCAAAAUAACAAUAAUAAUAAUAAUAAUAAUGGGUUAUGUUCGACGAUGAUGAUGAUGAUGCCAUUAAUUUCCUCUUCUCAACAAGGUGGAAAUGGGUCAUGUACUCCAUUUCUUUCUCUUCCUCCUAAUUACAACAACAAUAAUAAUACUUCUAAUAAUUCUAUUUGUAAUUACUUCAUGGAUUCAAACAACAACAACAACAACGAGAGUAGUAAUGGAGGCAAUUCUUGUUGUGAAGUGAAGGCUAAAAUCAUGGCUCAUCCUCAUUACCACCGUCUCCUGGCUGCCUAUGUCAAUUGUCGAAAGGUGGGGGCGCCGCCGGAAGUGGUGGCUGGGCUUGAAGAAGCGUGUGCAAGUGCAGCAAGAAUGAGUGGUAAUAGUAGUGGGUGUAUUGGGGAAGAUCCAGCCCUUGAUCAGUUCAUGGAAGCUUAUUGUGAGAUGCUUAUUAAAUAUGAACAAGAACUCUCUAAACCAUUUAGGGAUGCCAUGCUUUUUCUUCAACGAAUUGACUCCCAAUUCAAAGCGCUAUCUAUCUCCUCCUCUUACCCCCCUGCUUGUGGCGAGGCAUUUGAUAGGAACGGAUCAUCCGAAGAGGAAGUUGAUAUCAAUGGGAACUCGAUCGAUCCCCAGGCGGAAGACCGUGAACUGAAAGGUCAACUCUUGCGCAAAUACAGCGGAUACUUAGGCAGUCUGAAGCAAGAAUUCAUGAAGAAAAGGAAGAAAGGGAAGCUACCUAAGGAAGCCAGACAACAACUCCUGGAUUGGUGGAGCAGACAUUACAAAUGGCCUUAUCCAUCUGAAUCCCAGAAGCUAGCUUUAGCUCAAUCAACUGGGUUAGAUCAAAAGCAAAUCAAUAACUGGUUCAUCAAUCAAAGAAAAAGACACUGGAAACCAUCAGAAGAUAUGCAAUUUGUGGUGAUGGAUGCUGCUCAUCCACAGUAUUACAUGGACACUGUCUUAGGGAAUCCUUUUCCCUUGGAUAUCUCUCCUACUCUACUCUAAUUAAUUAAUUUGCACAUUGUUAUGAUUUUAAUAUAAUGUCACAUUAUAUAUAUGAUGAUGAUGGUGGUGAUGAUGGCCUUUUUAUUUUUCUUUUUUGUGUAUCAAUGUUUGAGGAAUGUUUCAACUGGUUUGAAAGAACAUAUAUAUGCCUUUUUAUUAUAUACUUCAUAUUAUAUGUUAGUCCCAACGGAGAAGUUGGUAGUUUAAACAUGUUGCAAGUCUUGGGGCUUAUGUGGUGUGUGAUUUGAUUUUAUUUGUAUGUA